AUGGCAGAAUUCAAUACAGCUGCGUUUGCCGCAGUCGAUUCGUUCUUUGUGGCGGACGACGACGCCAAAGGGACGAAUAAUGCCACCGAUGAAGCUCCUUCCAGCAAUAGCCUCCGAAAGAAUCGUCGGUUGGGUGUGGGUGCUGCGGUCGUUCCCGCACCCACAACCAUUCCGUCCAACAAGAGCAAACUGAUGCAAGUUGGAAAGAAGAAACGGAGUCGAGACGAUUCCGACGACGAACAUGACGAAGAAGAGGAGGAGGAAUUGGGAAGAAGUGGCAUUGCCACUACAACUAAUCGUGCGGACAAGGAUCCUAUGACGAACGACACCACCACCACGAAGAAGAAAAAGAAAAAGUCUGGCAAAAAGGAACGUCAAAAGUUGAAAGAGCAAGACGUCCAAGAAGGAUCCCUGGCACACCAAGAGGAUCCACAGAGUACGAAUAAUAAUACUCAUGAAAGCAACAAUCCAUCCAAUAAUGAGAAUGAUGAUUCCAAAAGAAAGAAGGAGAAACAGCCAAAACGCAAACGGCACAAGGUACGAAGUCGUCAAAAGAACAUUUACAAAGACAAUCGUAAAGCCGAUGCAAAGCCAGAUCGCUUGCUACUCGGAGGAUACGAAUACACGGGGCGGCCCAUGACGGCGGCAACACGCACCAAGCUUGCUGCCAAGGGAAUUGCAAUAGUAUCGAAUUCGAAUUCGAAUUCCAAUGAGAUGGCAUCCAACUGGGACGCUGAUAAUGAAAAUGAUGACAGCGGCGUUCCAUUGGAUAGCAGCAAAGGUGUUUCCUCUUCCGAGUUGGCAAAACAAAAACAGGCCAACACGAAAACGAAGAAAUCGAGGUACAAGAAUAUUCAAUAG